AAGAGGGCUGAGCUGGGGGAACUCGAAGAGAGCAGGGGGAGGAGGAGAAGAAGAAGAAUUGAUAUAACAAGAGCGGCUGUCUGAGCGCAGCGCAAUUCUCACUCACUCCAAGUGUUGGAACCAAGAGCGAUAAAGGGGAGCGGGCUUCCAUUCAUUUCGGGCGCAGACAACUUUUCCUCCUUGAGUCCGUGGCGCGGGUCCGCUCACCAAAAAAUACUCACCUACUUUUUUUAUUUUGUUUUUUUUCCUGUUAAAGUGAAAUUCGAGGCAGCAGCAGAUCUGAAACUUUACGAGACGUCCGAGUUGGGAAGUUUUUUUUAUUUUCCCCUGUUGAGUUGCAUGACAUUUCUUUGAAGGACUUGAGAGCCUGACAGAGUUUCUUCACCUAACGCGUGGUGUGGGAUUUUGAGCUGAAACGGGGACUUCUCAAAUGCAAAAGUACAUGUAUGAGAAAGCAAUGGCCCAAGAGACAAGGAACGGAGGAACCUCCACGUUAAACAACAACAAUGGUGUUGACAACAGUAAGAAGAAGCUGCUAAUAGCGCUCGACAUCUUCUGUCUUCUACUUGCUAUGCUGCCCAGCCUGGUUCUGCACCGCACCUCUAUACGUCCGUACCAGAGGGGUCUCUACUGUGGCGACUCCAGCCUGAACUACCCCUACAAGAAGAGCACCGUCCCCUCCUCAGUGCUCAUUUCUGUGGGGUUGACACUGCCCGCGGUGUCCAUCGUCAUCGGAGAAUGCUUCAGGAUUCACCAACUACAUGAGGGAACCAAGUCUUUCGUCGGGAAUCCUUAUGUUGCAGCCCUCUACAAACAGAUGGGCGUGUUUCUCUUUGGAUGUGCCGUCAGCCAGUCGUUCACAGACAUUGCCAAGGUGUCGGUGGGUCGUAUGAGACCCCACUUCUUAGAUGUGUGCAAACCAGAUUUCGCCACCAUCGACUGCUCAGUGGGAUACAUCACCAACUACACCUGCACUGGCGACGAGAGCGAUGUACAGGAGGCCAGGAAAUCCUUCUUCUCAGGACAUGCCUCUUUUUCGAUGUUUACCAUGCUCUACCUGGCUUUCUAUCUCCAGUCCAGGUUUACAUGGCGUGGCGCUCGUCUCCUCCGCCCGCUGCUCCAGUUCACGUUGUUGAUGAUGGCUUUUUACACCGGCCUGUCACGUGUCUCCGACCACAAGCACCAUCCGACUGAUGUCCUGGCAGGUUUCGUGCAGGGAGCCCUGGUGGCCUACUGCAUAGUGUUCUACGUCUCCGACCUGUUCAAGCCCAGGGCGAAGCCAGCCACGCCUCCGCCCUCCCCCAUCAAGAAGGAGCUGCUCCCUUCAUCCGACAUCAUUGAGAGGAACAACCACCACAACAUGGUGUGAGACUGGCCGCGACGUCUUCCUGCGACCGAGGAGCCAAUCACAGCGCUGCUCACCUCCCAUCGGACAGUAGAAUGUAGCGACGAGAGACUGUAGCUGCUUCUCAAAUGGCAUCCUCCUCCCUUACGUGGCGCCCAGAGAGGCGCUUUGUGGACUAGGGUGUCAGAUUUGAGAUUUGCACAGCAGAGUCCACUCUCACUAUCCAGACUUAUUAUUUACUAUCACGUUAACUACUAAUCAACAUUUGAGCCCAUCGUUUUGAGCACAAGCAGAAAAGAAUUGGAAGCUAAAAGGCAAAAUGAAUUGAGGAAUUGAUGACUCGACAGGCAGAGCUGAGGGUGCGGAGGUUUGAUGGAAGUGUAACCACAGAAAGGGAAAACACUUGUGAAGAAAAACAAAUGAAGAGAAGAGACAAAAAGAAAAAAAAAAGACAAACCCCCUGCCUAGGGAGAGAGGGAUGUCCAGCGAUGCUUCCUCUCUGAACUCUCUGUGGCCUUGGAAGCGCUGUAGGACAACAACUUCCUUAGCUACGGGAAGGAUAUUACUGCAAUACCUAGCAGCAUAGAAAUAUUAACAGUAUAGAAAAAUAUAACUUAUAGCACUGUUUUUAAAUUCAUUGUCCAUUAUCACCACUUGCUGCCUGAGAUGUCUGACUGAAAGAAAACUUGAUGGUGCUCACAUCCACGAGACAGAAAUAUGAACUCCUCAAAGCCGACCGAGCCCGGUGUGGUGGUUUCACGAGACCUCCUACUCAGGCAGGAUGAAAUUAGCGUAGCAUGGCUUUAAUCACAAUAACCUUGCACCAGUAGGCCACAGUAAGGAUCGUGCACUGAUCAUCUUCGGCCUUUACAGCAGGUUCCAGAGCAGUCCUUUGGCUGUCUGUCAGACCUUUUUGACUGAAUGCCAAGACAUCAGUAUCACAGUAAACUGUGUCUUUAGCAAAAGGAAAUGAAGCCCUCCGACCUCAUAUACCUCUGUCUCCAGAUCGGCACGUCAAGCUUUUUGUCGUGGACUUUCAGCGCGGCCCAAACCCGGGAUGUUGCAUUUCUUGAGGGUUAGAUGUAGUAAAAGGGGGGUGGGUGUAUUUUCUGUGGAAGGAGGGAGGCAGAUCUCCCAGCCUCCCAGCACAGGUAUAAGAGGCGUGGCUGUGCCAUGCCACUUCCUGGUGUUGGGUCCGUCUGUUUGGCUUCCUGAACAGGAAGGGGAUGGGUGGGCAGAGUGAAGGGGCGCGGUCUGUCACCGUGGAAAGAGGGUGAUGAUUUACAGCUAAGCUGGCACAUUAUUUCGGGAUGAUUUGGGCUCUUUCCGCUGGCAGGGAGGGGCUCUCACCCGCCCAAUCACUCAUUGGCGAUGGAUGUUUGUCUCUCAGUGUGUGUGUGUGUUUGUCUCCUGUACACUCUUGUGCUUGUGUGGGUAGGCUUGUGCUUGUACAUGUACAUCUUGUGUGCGUUUGAAUGUGUGUGUACAUAUGUAUGAGCGCUGUGCCCUGUGAAAAGGAACCACACCCCCCACCCCCCCGCCUCUUGAUAAACUAUGUGUGUGUCAUGGAACACACACACUGUCAGCUGUGCCAAGUGUGUGUGUGUGUGAGAGAGAGUGUGUGUGUGUGUGUGAGUGUGUUGGUGUGUGCCACUGUGUGUCAGAGAGCGAGAGAGCAGGUGAACGUUAUAAAAACUGUGGAUCUAAUAUUUUUAUUCUCCGCUGCGAAGCGUCUUUAACCUUGUCUGUUCAUAGCCUGUCCUGUAUAAUCACUAACAGUUGUACAGAUACAGAAGCCCUUUUUAUUUACAGCCUACUCAGAUAUCCUCCUCCAACAACACACUCCGCCAUGUUGCACAUCUUUCUCAUCGUAUAGUCCGUCCUAUCAUUUCACAAAGCCGUUUUCACUCUUUUUAUAAAUAUAUAAAUAAUGUAUAGAUCACUAAAAUUAACUCUGUAAGAUAUUGUUUCUUAACAUGUUUAGAUAUAUCCACUAUGAUUACAGACCUGUGUUCUUUACAAAAUGCUGCUUAAAAAGCAUCGAUUGACAGAUUUUUGUAUCUAGAUAACUAAACUAUUGUAGAUUGUAAUAGUUACGUUUGUAAUAUGCAUUCAAAAACAAAUACACCCACAACUGUAUUAAAAUUCAAUAUUAGUAUUUUUGUAUUGUCUCGUUUUUUUUUGUACAAAAGACAUAGUUGCAAUGCUGUUUUUUCUGCUAAAUGUACUUAGCUCUAAUACAUGUGCUUUUAAAUAAAAAGCUCAUUACGA